AUGGCCGUAGCCACCGAAGCGGAAGAAAGUGGGAAUGCAAUAAGUGAGCUGGAGCGUACCAAGGACAACAUCGUCAAUUCCUUGGGGUUGCUGGAAUAUUACGUGAAGGAGUUCGAUAAAACGGAGAAGAUACAAGGUCAGGUAGGAGCGUGGGCAGAGAAGUUGGAGCAAUUCUACAACGAUUAUCAUCGGAUCGUUGCGAAACUGGAGAGUUUCUCCACCGAAGAGGAGCCCGUCGACUUAAAAGGUGAGUGUAUCGAUUUUGACACCAGAUAUUAUGCGCUGCGGGCGUUUUAUAUGAACAAAUUGAGUAAAUCCAGUGGUUCAGCGUCCGUGAAUCCCCAGUCUUCGGUGAGACCACUCAACAUACGACUUCCGGAGAUAAUUUUGCCGAAGUUCAGCGGGAGAUUAGAGGACUGGUGUGUUUUCCGAGAUACGUUUGAGUCAGCGGUUGGUUCUCGCGACGAUAUCAGCGCGGUCGAGAAGAUGCACUACUUGAAGGGUCUAGUGCAUGGAGAAGCAGCGCGAAUCCUCGACCCGAUAAGAAUCAGCGAGCAGGGAUAUAAGAACGCCUGGCGAUCGUUGCGUCUGCGGUUUGAGAACAAACGACAGCUGAUCAAAUGUCACAUCAGAUGA